GCGCCCGCCAUGAGCACAUAUCCGAGCGAGCCAGCCAGCCAGGAUCGGCACAGCGACAGCCUCCGGACCCUCCAGCGACUGCACGCCCUUCUCUCUGAUACCAGCGCCGAUGCCAGCAGGAUCCUCGUCGUCAAGCGAGCCCUCCUCGCCCCCCUUGCUCGGAUCUUCAAGCUGACCGAGGCCGCCGAGGAGCUUGCUCGCCUUGACUCGGCCAUCGGCUCUCAUGACGAAACCUUGGGCAGCCCCACACAGCCCUGGACGCAUUCGGAUCGAUCCUUUUUCCUGCAAACCCAUCUACCUUUUCUCCUCAAGAUCGUUUCGGUCAACUGGGUGCCCCUGCUCUCCAGCGACGAGCUACAGGGCUACUACGACGCCUACUUCUUGCUGGCCAAGCACAUCGAUGUGUCCUUCUCGGUGAUCUGCAAUCAUAUCCUCCAGCGGGGUGCGGUGCCGGCACACUCAUUUUCAGUGCAGACAGCGACCCGGCUUCUCCAGCGGCUGCUGAGUUGCUAUCCUCUGGCAUCGUUCAUCAGCAUCUCCGAGAUCGAUGAGGCCGUCUCAGAUUACGAAGGAAGUCAUGCACACAUCCUGUCUCUCUACUGCUCCCUCCCGGAUCGCAUGGCCAAUUCCUUUGGCUCCAGAACCCCGAGUUUCUUUCUGCCAGGGGCAUACUUUACUCGGGCUGGAGCCGAGAUCGCCAGUGCUGUGAAGCAGUUCUCGACACAGCCCCUGAGCACGAGUGCUGUCAAGCGAAUAUGCUCAGUAAUCACCAAGACAGCUCGAGUUGGCCAUCUAGACUCUCUGAUAGCCGGAUGCUUCUCGGGUGCCAAACCUUCAAGUGUGAGCAGCAAUAGUGCUGCCUUUUGGAGGCAUAUCUUGAACGAAAUGUCCUCGCGCGAGCUCGAGCAGUUUGCGGUGGGCCUCCUGCACCACCUCCGGAAAUCGCAGAACACGAUCGAGGAAUCUGGCGAGAUCAUGUCCACACUCUUUGGACAGCUGGCAAACGAGAACGAGCUUGCGGCGAACGUCUUUCUGCACCAACUGCUGGUCGUGCGGUACUUCCACAUCGAUAUCUUGAAGACGCUGAUAUGCAUGUUCAGCCUCGAGCGCCAGCAAUCGGACAUUUCGGUCGUCAAGGCCCUCGACCAUCUCAUGGAAGUAUGGGUAGAUCCCACGUUUAUCCGCUUCGCCAAUCUGGAACAGCACAAAUAUGUCACGUAUGGCAUCCUGGUCUGCCUUGCCUAUAUCUCUACCGAGGCGCUGAACCUCUCCGGGCUUCCUGCGAAAUUUAUCUCCGGCAUGCGGCCCUAUAUGGACAGCUCUGUGCCCGAAGUCCGAGUCAUGGGAUUGGUGACGGCCGAGUGCUUCGCCGGUCUGGCCCAGCCUGAAUCCAAACUCGAGUUUGGUUUGGAGGAAACUGCAGAGAGCCGGCUCAUGCGUAGCCUUACCACUCGCACUGGGGCGUUGUCAAAAGAACAUGCGCCGACACCAUCGACUCCCGUCCCAUCCGACAAGCCGAUUGAAUCUGACUCCCGCGCUCGCGAAGCUGGAGAAUCUGGCGAUGGCCCAUCAUCGAUUCUGGCAGAAGAUGGUCAAGAAGAACAGCUCGACGAUCCAGACGAGGUCAUCAACUUUUACUCGUUUGGAGCUCGCGAUGCCCAGGACUCUGACACGGACGAGAGUGCUGAUGCAGACAGCGACGACGAGGAUGGCGACUUGGUGCCGUACCAUAUCGACGAUCAGAAGCACAAGAACAACAUCAAACCGCCAGUAUUCCUUGCCGAACUGGUUACCGGCAUCAAGAAAGAAGACGAUCCGAUGACUCUCGAAGUCGCCCUUGGCGAGGCUGUCCGUGUGAUCAACAAUGCCGGAGAGCAUGCAAUCGACGAGUGGAGCUACACCGUCGCCGAUAGCUUGUUCCGACUGCAAGAUAAUUACGAUCUCGACAACUUUGAGAAGCUGCGGAUGGAGGCCCUGAGCGAGAUCCUUUCCCGCGCGCCUCGCACGGUGUCUGCGUAUUUGAUUGAUCAGUUCUAUGACCGGAACAUGAGCGUCCGCCAGCGUAUGGAUGUUUUGACGGCACUCGUCAUCGCUGCCCAGAAGCUCAGUGCGAUUGUGGUUAUGCCGCCGAACGAAUACGAGCUCUCUGGGGAUGCCCUGCAGUCGGUCGCUAACAGCAACCCGAAGGUGAACAGGCGAUCCAAGAAACUGGUCGUCCCAAAGCCAACCACACAGAAGAACCGGUUCAGUCAGGUUGCAGGGUACUUUUUCUUCCCGCUUAUUGGGCGAUUUGCCUCUACCGAGAGCCAUCGCAUGAUGAACAGCGACGUGACCUACGUGCUGGAAAAGUAUAUCACGGCCCUGGGUCUCAUCCUGUAUUGUGCUGUCAACACACCGUCGCUCCGACGGAUGGUGCGCGAAUACUAUGGAUUUCUGAACUACAUGCGGUUCACGACACUGGUCCAAGUGUCCAGCGUCAGAUCAGCCUGGCUGUUUGGAAUGUCCAUAGUCGUAUCCGUUCUGUCGCCGGGAGUCUUCAUGUCUGAGUUUUACAGCGAAGCAGACGAAAUGCGCCAACUGAUCGUUGAUCUAGGCAUGGCGGAAACCGACCAGAAGAAUAUGGAACUUUGUGUCGGCAUUGUCGAAAGGCUGACGGAGACACUCGAGCUGCGAAACACAAUCGGGUACUGAAGAUGAUACACUCGGCCCGGUUGGGGACUAGCGUCUGCUGUUUCUGGUCCUGAGCAUAUAUUCAUCGUCUCGAUAUCCGUCCAAUGCACCCUCGUUAUAAUUUGUCCAUUCGUCUGUGGCUGCAACGGCGCUCACGGACAGAAGUGUGCUGGGCUCGCCAGUAUAUUGGGUGUGAGGGCAUGCAGCUGCGGCGGCCAGGUUUGGCAGGGCC